UGUCCAAUUUUUUUUUUUUUUUUUGGUUUUGUCUUUUCUUCUACCUUAAAAAAGAUGAAAGCAACAGGUGAUAGAUAUAUAACAGGAAGGUUAUAAUUUUUGUUUUCUUGGUUAUGAUGCUGAUGAUGAUGAUGAUGAUGAGGAGUUUUCCUUUGAAAAAAAAGUGAUCUUGUUGACCAUAGAUAUAACAAGGUGUAACUGAUUUAAAUUUAUCAAAACUUUCUUUCUUUCUCUCUCUCUUUCUUUUAGUUGGACGAAUUUUAUAAAAAAAAUUUUUCUGAAAUUCGUUACAUACCCCUUCUUUUUAUAUGUCAGCAUUACCCCUCACCACCAUUAUAAUCGUUUUGUAAUUCUUUUAAUAGUAACCGUCCAACAACAACAAUAACAACAACAAAGAAAACAAAAAUGCUUCGAUUAUUUCCAUUACGGCGAUCAUUUUCAUUGGAUCUUUCACCUGAUGAUUCAAAUUCAAAUUUUUUCCUUAAUGUUAAUGAUGAUAGUCAAGAUAAUAAUAAUCACAAUCACAAUAAUAAUAAUAAUAGCCAUCAUUAUCAUCAUCAUUAUCGGCCACCUACACCAAUUUUUCCAGUGGCUUUAUCACCAUCAUCAUCAUCAUCAUCAUCACAAACAAAUCAUUUAAGUAAUAAUAUUCAUCAUCAUCAUCAUCAUCAACUACAUUCUGCAUUUAUCAAAUUGCAACAACAACAACAACAACAACAACAAGCUACUCCUACUACUACUACUACUACUACUACUACUAUAACAACAUCUUCAACAAUUUCAAAUGUAACAUCCACAACAGCUAUAACAUCAAGAUAUUCAUCAUUAUCGAUUAUUAAUGAUAAUAAUAAUAAAUCAGAUUCUAAUAAUUCAACAAUAACAACAGUAUCAUCAAUAUCACCAUCAUCAUCAUUAUCAUCAUUGUCACCGCAAUCAAUUCGUCCAAUAAUAUCAUCAUUGAGAACAGCGAACAAUAACGGUAAUAGUAGCGGUAUUGGUGGUGUUGGUGGUGGUGGUGGCGAUGUAAUCGUUAUUGUUGAUGAUGAAGAAGAAGACGAAGACGUUAUUGAUAACGCCAAUAACGAUAACGGUGAAGAGGAAGUGGAUAAUCAACAUCAUUAUCAUCAUCAUUCUCAACAACAUCAUCAUCAUAAUCAUACAACAUCCAAUAUGAGUACGGCCAUUGGCCAAUGGAAUGUUGAAAUUGAUGAUGCAUUGGCCGCUGAUUUUGAUGGUAGUCUAUCGGGUUUAGGUAUAGAACUUGGAACAGCUUCAUUUAACAUGAGUGAAGCAUUAAUGGCAUUACCAAGUCUUUCUUCAUUGAAGCAUAAUACCAAUCAUAAUCAUCAUCAUCAUGGCAAUCAAUCACAACAGCAACAACAACAUCAUCAUAAUCAUAAUAAUAAUCAUCAACAUGGUCUUCAUCAUCAUUCAAAUCAUGGUGACCAUAAUCAUUUAGCUACCUCAUUGCUUGAUCAUCGUUCCAAUAAUAAUGGUAAUAAUAAUCCAAAUAAUGAUAAUCAACAGCAACAUGGUCAACAACAUAUCACAAAUGGCAAUAAUCAUAGUAAUACUAACAAUAAUAAUAAUAGCAAUAAUGGUAAUAAUCAGGAAGAAAAGCCCGUAGCUGUAGUUCAUGGAAAGAAAAAUCGUCUAGCAGCUUAUGGUCAUGAUGCCGAUGAUGUUGUUCAAUCUACAACGAUUAAAAGAUUUUGUCUUAAUUCGGAUCGAAAUAACAGUGAACCGAACAAUGGUAAUAUUCAUUUGUUGAUUUCGAAUAAUUUGAUUAAUAAUGACAAUCAAGAUCAUCAUUCACAUAAUCAUGGCCAUCAUCAUCAUCAUCAUCAUCAUCAUCAUCAUCAUCAAGAUGGUUUACAACCACCAUCAGAUGGUGAACUUUCUACAUCUGUUCGACAUGGUUCUUCGGCUUCCGAUUUAAGAUCGAACAAUCUUUCGAUUGUUAAUAGCGGAAAUGGUGGUGAUGUGUCUGCUGCUGGAGGAGGAAACGAGUCAUAUAGUCCAACAUUACAGAUUGCAUCACAAUCGACAGCUUCAUCACCAUCAUCAUCUACAUCAAUAUCAACGCCUUCGACCACAUUUUUUUCUCAUAUAAUUUCUGCCUCACAAUGUUUGUCCAAUUCUAAUAAUAAUGGUGGACAAGACAAUAAUGUAUCAUCUGGUACCGGUAGUAGUUCUUCAUCAUUAGCUCAUAUCGAUCAUCGUUCAACAAAUGUAUCGACAACGAAUGCAUCGACAUCAGCUGUUUCAUCAAAAUCGAAUGAACCAUCAAAAUUUCAAUACGUUCUAGGAGCAUCUACUUCGAUGGCAAUCAAAAUGAAUGAAGAAACAAUGACAUAUCUUAAUCAAGGACAAUCAUAUGAAAUAAAAUUGAAAAAAGUUGGAGAUUUAAGUGAGAUGAAAGGCAAAAUGUUGAAAACAAUUAUCCGUGUCUGUUUUCAUGAUCGACGAUUACAAUACAUUGAAAAGGAAUUAAUCGAACAAUGGAAAGAACAACGUCCAUCUGAAAGAGUUAUUGAAAUUGAUGUUCCUCUUUCGUAUGGUAUACAAGAUGUUCGCAAUGACCUCAAAUACAUUAAUCGUUCUGAAUUCUUUUGGGAUCCAACUAAAGAGACUGGUGUUUUUAUUCGGAUCAAUUGUAUCAGUACGGAAUUUACACCGAAAAAACAUGGUGGCGAAAAAGGUGUACCAUUUCGAAUAUUGAUUGAAACUUAUUCAAAAGAUGAUCCAACACACUGUCUUCAUGCUGCCUCCUGUCAGGUCAAAGUAUUCAAACCGAAAGGUGCGGAUAGAAAACAUAAAACUGAUCGAGAAAAAAUGAACCGAAAACCGGUGACCGAACAGGAAAAAUUUCAACCAUCAUAUGAUUGUACCGUGUUCACCGAUUGUUCAUUAGAUGCAUUCGCUUUGUAUAAUCUAUCAUCAAAUUCAAACAUGAUGAUCGGAAGUGAUAUAUUACAUAAUCUUUCCAAAUCAAUCGAUUCAGAUGAAUAUUUAAAUCUUAUGGAAACAAUACAUAAAUCAAAAAUAUUAUCACCGAUGCCAAAACCUGUUGGUCCUGCAAGUCCAAAUAUAAGCAAUAUAGUUGUUGAUAAAACACCAUCUUCAGCAAAUAAUUCCAUUUGCCAUCUACUUUCAGAUAUCAGUGAUAAUAGCUAUGAAUUUUCUUUUUCAGCAUUUCCAACAACAUCAUCGACAACACUGCCAUCACCAUUAUCAUCACCGAAACAAAUGUUAACAUCGACGGCAACAUGGGAUGAGACACAAAAAUGGCUUAAAGAUAAUCGUUUUGAUGCUUAUCUAUCAAUGUUUGAAAAUUUUUCUGGUUUUGAUUUCUUAAUGUUAUCUAAAGAAGAUCUCAUACAAAUCUGUGGCCUAACCGAUGGUAUACGAUUAUAUAAUGCAUUACAUUGGAAAAGUAUCAAAUCAAAAUUAUCCAUCUAUGUUUGUUCACAUAAUGAUGAAUUAUUUCGUGCCAUUUAUCUGGAUACAUUGACAGUCAAUGAGCUACAAUCGAAAUUGAUUGCAACAAUGUUAUCUUCGAAUUCAACAAAUCCAAAAUGUACAUAUCUUAAAAGAUUUUGUAUGAUGGGACCAUCGGCUGUGAAAAUUUUAAUCACCGAUGAUGUUGUACGUAAUCUGCAAGAUGAAUCACUCUAUCUGAUUGAAUUUACCAAAGAUUACAAAGGAGAAUAUCAUGGUCUUAUGAAGCCAUAUAAUAAUCAAAUGACCACAUUGAUCAAUAAUAAUAAUGGCAAUAUUCAUUGUUGAUAAUGAUGAUGAUGAUGAUGAUUAAUGGUGUGACCUGAUGCUGAUGAUGUUUGAGGAUAUCCAAUUUUGUUCCACAAUACAGAUUUUUUUUUUUUUUUUUUGAAACUAAUUUACUAUAUAAUUUUUAUACAACAACCAUUUUAUACAUUUCCAUGAACACUUUUCUCACACGGUUUUGUGUGUGUUU